AUGCCUUUAAAGUGCUUACAGGCCAGCAGCAGUUUUGAAGAUGAGUGGGCAGCUCUGAGCGGCCCUCAGCUCCGCACCGGGUUCAGGCUGGGCAGCCCGCCCCCCCAGCCAGAGGUCGCAGAAGAGCUCUGUAAGACGGCCUCCUCUGGCCACUGUGGGCCCCUCCACUCCUUCAGCCACGACCUGCCCCUGCUGCCCUCCAAGUCCCGCACACUCCACAAGCACACCGAGAACAAGGAAAACAUCGAGGGAGGUCUGGACGGGCGCUCCGACCCCGGCACGCACGGCCACUCAGGCUGGGCGUCCACUCUGCUGGGGGGGGACGGGCGGUCGGGCGGCUCCCCGGCUCUGCCCCGGAAACAGCAGCCCCGGGACAAGUCUCCCAGCAGCCUCCUGGAGGACGCGCAGGACGUGGGCACCUUCACCAGGGACCGCAAGACGGGCUUCUUCAGCUCCUUCAUGAAGAAGAAGCCCUUCUCCUCCUCCUCCUCCUCGCCCCCCUCCCAGCUCCAGCAGAACCUGCCCACCCCCCCCAAGAGGAGCAGCUCCUUCCGGGAGAUGGAGACGCAGCCCACCAAGAAGUACGAGCCCACCGCCGACUUCAGCGCCCCCCCGCCCUUACCCCACGUGGACAGCCUGGGGGGGUUCUCCCCCUCCCCCUCCCCCUCCCACUCCCACGGGGAGCCCGCGCAGGCGCAGUCUCGCUGCUGCGGGGCCGCGUUCGGACAGAAACCCUCCGGCGGGGGCCUUGGCUCUCAGCUGACCAGCGGCAGCAGCUGGGGGGGGCUGGCGGGGUUCUUCACCCCCAGGCUCAUCAAAAAGACCCUGGGCCUACGGACGGGUAAGACCGCGUCCUCGGAGGACGGCGGGGGGGGCGUGGGAGGACCAAAGCCCUUCCCCAGGUCCAACUCCACCUCCUCCAUGUCGGCGGGGCUGCCGGACCUGGAGCGCAUGGCCCUGACCCUGCCCCGCAACCGCAGCGCCAAGCCCCCCCUGGAGAGGACCGCCUCCACCACCUCGCAGCCCGAGAACGGGGGGGGGGCGCGGCCCCCGGACGCCCUGCUGCGGAGGCUGGACGAGGGCACGGCGCAGAUCAGGGACCGGCCCAAAGCCAAGCUGCUGCCCCGGGGCUCUGCCGGGGGGGGGCGGGCCCCGGGGGUGGGCGGGGAGGGGGGGGACGCGGACAGCCUGUCCCGGGUCAGGGAGGGGAAGGAGGAGGGCGGGGGGCUGGACAGGCAGCAGAGCUGGCCGUCCCCCUCUAAGGGUUCCAGUCCGGCCCCGGCGGGGGGGGCCCCCCCCCACAACCACAAAGUCCCGGUGCUGAUCUCCCCCACGCUGAAACACAGCCCGGCCGACGUCCACCUGGUGGGGCUGGACUCUCAGGGCAACCGCUUCAAGCUGCUUGCGCCCCCCCGCCCCCGCCCACGCUGCGCAGCAGCCUGCACCACUCCUACAGCGGCGAGGGCGAGGAGCCGCCGGGCGGCGGGGGGGGGGCGCCCGGCGAGCUCAACAACGGGGACACGCUGA